AAGUUGCAAUAAUCAAAAUGAAACCGACUGUUUGAACAAAGGGAGAACAGAUUUCAGCCUACAUAAAAUCAUAAACAUUCUUUCCUGACCUAUCACGUCUGGGACUCUCUUAUGAUCCUUUUCAAUGUAAAGGGAAGUGAAAACUGGCUGGUGCGGCACUUUCUUUCUUUUUUCAAGCAGACUCUAUAUUCUAUCAGCACACACGCUUGCACCAUGAACCUCUCAACAGAGCAGUCUUCUUCAGAGAAAAUGCUCAUUGAUGGAUUUGAAGGCGGGACAGCAGUGGCUUGUGUGAUCCUGGGCCUGUCCUUCCUGGUAGGAGCUCCUGGGAACCUGCUGGUGAUCUGGACCAUCUUGAGACACGUCAAGCAGCGAUCCCACACUGUGGUGCUCAUCCUGCAUUUGGCUAAUGCUGACCUGCUGGUCCUCAUCACCCUGCCUGUGUGGAUCUACGCCCUGGCUAACUCUUGGGUGUUUGGUGAGGCUUUCUGCAAGGCCUUAGUUUAUGUAAUGAGUGUGUGCAUGUUCAGCAGCAUCUUCUUUAUUACCCUGAUGAGCAUUGAGCGCUUUUUAGCCCUCUGUCAUCCAUUUUUAAUGAUGCGCUGGAUGACCAAAAGUGUUAUGAACAGAUGUCUUGUACUUUUGUGGAUCCUUGCUUUGAUUCUAGGAUUGCCUUCUUUACUUACCCACCCUGAAAGCAAAGCAACCAAUGAGUGUUUCAUCAAAGAAUUCAGCUCUGUUACUCAAGCAAUUGUUUUGUUUAGUCUGGAGACUUUUGUGGGCUUUGUUGUCCCUUUUAUCAUUCUAAGUAUCUGUUACUGUCAAGUAGCGGCACAGCUCAGGACAAUGAGCCUCAGCUCCAAACAGAAAUCCAUGCGUCUUGUGCACACUGUGGUGAUAGCCUUUAUAUUCUGCUGGUUGCCUUACCAUGUCAUCAAUAUCUUUGAUAUGUUCUGCAUCCUAAGACCAGGCACAGAUCAUGAAUGUGUGCCAGAAGGUGUUGUCUUUAGCUCAGGUGCCCUUGUUUUCAUCAGCAGCUCAGUGAAUCCUGUGUUAUACGUCUUCUUUGCGAGGAGCUUGAGAGGGAGUCUUGAGGAGUCCCGAUUGGUGCGGCUGUUCCAGGAAAUGGUCACUCACACCACCAAAAUGAGGGAGCUGGUAGUACAACAUCAGAGCAGCCAGAUGGCAGCAGAAAGAUCUGAUGUCCAACUUUGUGAGAAAAAUCAAUGUCACAGGGAUGUUGUGGAGAUGUGACAAUUGUAUUAAGCAGUUUUUUGAAGGACUAAACUUUAUCAAGAAGGAGCAGAUGAUCAACAGCACUGAAAGCCUUUAUAUGACAUGUAAAACAAUGCUACAAAACUGUAAUGUACAGUUAUCCAUGUAAUUAUUCACUCCCCCCUACUAUCCCAGUUCCCCAUUUUCCUUUAGAUGUCAAAUGAGAGCAAACACAUGACUGCAAUGUUCAUGUGUUUACCAAAUGUUUUAAUAAUUCUUUGCUUUAUUUAGGCAGACAUAUUCGUACAGUGGCCAUUUUCCUCUGACAUCACAGUAAGAGUGGUAAGAUAAUAUGAAUAGGCCUAUAUGCCAAUUUAAAGUUCUUGUUUUGCAUUUUCAGGUUACAAAUUGUAUAAAUGUAUACAGAAAAAAUGGUAUACAUUUAUCUUCUCACUGUCGAGCAACUGAAAAGACGCUGAUAGGGAAAAUCCUUUCUGAUGUAAGCCAUAUUUUAAAGUAAAACAGCAAAUUAGACAAGAUACCUCUAGACGUUAGCUCAUAUGUAACCACUUCCUAGCCAACAUCGUUGUUUGAUAAUGUGACAUGAUAAUAUUGUGACUGAUUCAUCUUGGAGCAGUUUAAAACAGGUUUUUUUUGGUGAGAUUAUUUACUUCCAAUCAACACAGCAGCUCGACUUUAAAGCAACAUUUCAGUUUCCCACCCUGAGCAUGAAGUCAGAUAAAAAUGGCUACCUUGUAAAUAUGGUGAAUUGUUUAUAUUUAAAAAAAACUAAAACAUGUGUCACCCUCUUUAUAGUGUGAUGUUUUCUGUACAAAAAAAUGAACGUGUCUGUUUUCUGACUUGAACAAAAUGAUAAUAUUAUUUAACAUUGUACAUUAUUAGUUUAUCAAUCAGUUGACUUAGAAG